AUGCAUGCGUUUGCCGAAGGCUACGGUCCCAACAACGCCAAGCCCGAGCACGCCAUCCUUUUCCGGUCCAACACCAACCCAGCCUCGUCUACCAACAUCACUUGGACCACCAUCUCCACGUUCGACAGUUCAAAACUAGCAGGAUACCCUAACGCAGCCAAAGGCGUCGACUACUCGUGCGCAUACAACGAGCAGGGCGUCUUUACGAUGUUUGGUCGAACCACGGGAGGCUCGCCAUCGGUGACAACCAUGGUGCCUUUUGGAGUUCGUUACGACCCUAAUGGAUCGAUGGACCCUGGCUUCAAUUACCAGGGCACGGGAGCAUGGAUGAACAUCACAGUGGAAGGGUACACUUGGUUGGGCGGGUUUACAAGAUUCUCUCUCGGAUAUGUCAAGACUGGGGCCACCAAGGUCCUUGUCCAUGCGUCCAUCUCCGACACGAAUAAUGUCGUCAGCCUUGCGACUGUGAACGAUCCUACAGGAAUUCUUGCAACUACGGCUGCUUGGACGAUGAAUGCCACUCUUCAUGGGAGAAAGUUACUCACAGUCGCAAUCGGCAACGAUCACCUUUAUACCUACGGCGAGGGAGUGAGUGAAAACUAUAGGACUUACCUCACGGGACUCCCCCUCAACUCCACCACCACCAGUCCAUCAACCCCUGUCAGCACAAGCUACAACACGACCCAGGCAGCCGAGUGUUAUGGAUCUCCACUGCCAAUCGUAUAUUUUCUCAACGAGACCUUGAUGCUAGUCUGUCCAGAGAAAAAACCCGAUAUAGCAUUCGCAGGCGAAGUCUCUAUAACCCUUACGAUAACUGAUCCCAACACCGCUAUCGACCAAGGAUUUGCGACUUUGAGCCCAACCACACUGAUCGACAUGGAUUUCUUUGUCUCAAUCGGCGACUGGCACGAGCUCGGACCCUCGGCGUUUGCGUUGGUCAAAAGUCAAGGAACCAUCUAUGCGUUUGGCAAUGGCAAUUAUGAAGGAAUAGAGUACAAUCGCACUGUUUCACAGGUCAUUGUGGCAGAGCCCUAUGGCAUCGACCUCCCCACCACCUCCUCCAGCUGCCCCGGAACCGAUCAGGGACGGCUAGGAUCAACGAACGCCCCUCCUCUUUCGCCAACAUCACCCAUGCCUCCCUACGUUCAAGAGCAAGUCAAUGCGCUCCGGGACCAGAUGCGGAUGCUGCAGGAACAAAUAUCGGCAAGGCGGCUCUCCAGCAACCCCCGUCCCGAUCUUCCUACACCUAAGACGCCAACAGUAGUAGCAACAGCAACGUCUGCACCGACGCCCCUUUUUGCUCCGUCUGCUACUCGCUCUGCUGAAAAGUGA